AGUUUUCGCCCGAGUGUCAUACAAAUGACAUGAAACCGAAACAUUUUCAGUACAUAUUUUUGAGAUAUUUCUAAGUUUUUUUUUCUCAUUUGGUUUGGCUGUUCCCAUAGGUGUUGGAAAAUAGUUUUGUGAAUUGGAGAAAUCAUAAGGUUCCGAUUCAGAAACGAAAUUUUCACCGGAUUCAGACUCAUUUAACUCAACACUAGAUACAUUUUGUUGGUGCUUCAUUUCUUGAGUGAACAAAUUAAACUCACAAUGUUAUCAAAUUCGAUGUUCUACGCCCUGGUCGGUGUCACGGUACUCUAUGCCUUUUACAAAUGGGCAACGGCAAAUCAAAAUUAUUUUAUGCGACGCAAUAUGAAGCAUUUGAAGCCAACAUUUUUGAUCGGCAAUACGUUGAAGUUCAAUGCAAAGCGAACAAAUCCUGUCAAAUGGUUGAAUUCGGUGUAUUACAAAUAUCCAAAUGAAAAGGUAAUUGGAUUUUUCGACAUGCGUAAGCCGGUGUAUUUUGUUCGUGAUGUGGAUUUCCUUCGUCAGAUAGCGAUUAAAUACUUCGACCAUUUCGAAGAUCGCACUUCGUUGGUUUCACCCAAAUCAGAUACAUUGAUUGGAAAUAGUUUGCUUUCACUCACCGGAAAAAAGUGGCAUGACAUGCGAUCGACGUUGUCGCCAUCGUUUACCAGUAGCAAGAUGCAGCAAAUGUUCGAAUUGGUUGUUGAGUGUGCAGACGACAUGGCGAAAUAUUUCAUCGAAGAAUCAAUGCAGAACAAACCGAUUCGAUGGGAAAUGAAAAGACUCUUCGCACGCUACACAAAUGAUAUCAUUGCAUCGUGUUCAUUUGGUUUGAAAGUCGACUCGCUCAGAGAUCCUAAAAAUGAGUUCUUCACCGUCGCAUGCCGAUUGCUCAGUUCCAGGCGAAACACAAUAGAAACGCUAAAAUUGUUGCUAAUUCGAGCAUUUCCCGAUUUAAUGUGUGCACUGAAUAUUGAGGUAUUCCGCAGUGAUAUCAAACUAUUUUUCAAAUCGAUGGUUUUAGAUACAAUGGAAGAGCGAGAAGUGAAAAACAUUGUACGACCCGAUAUGAUCAACAUUAUGAUGCAAGUUCGUAGUGGAAAGCUCAAGCACGAUCAUGAUGAAUCGAAUGACAACGAUACUGGUUUCGCUACAGUUGAAGAGUCGAAUAUUGGAAGGCGUCAAGUCAAUCGAACUUGGACGGAUGACGAAAUCAUUGCUCAGUGUUUUUUGUUCUUUUUAGCGGGUUUUGAUACUAUUUCAACUUCUUUAUCAUUUAUGGCGUAUGAGUUGGCGCUCAACCAAGACAUUCAACAAAAAUUAUACGAAGAAAUCCGUGAAGUUAAUGAAAGUCUUAAUGGCGGUCGGUUAACCUAUGAUACACUCCCUAAGAUGAAGUACUUUGAUCAGGUUAUCUCCGAGACACUGCGCAAAUGGCCAUCAAUAUUCACAACCAGCCGAAAAUGUACCAAAGACUUUGAGUUUGAAUUGGAUGGUAAAAAAAUCUUAAUCGAACGUGGCCAAGAAGUUCGCUUUCCAAUCUAUUCGAUUCAUCACGAUCCGGAGAUUUAUGAAAAUCCAGAACAGUUCGAUCCGGAAAGAUUCAGUGGUGAAAAUAAGCACAAGAUCAAACCUGGCUCGUAUAUACCAUUCGGAAUCGGCCCGCGUAACUGCAUCGGUUCACGGUUUGCUCUGAUGGAAAUGAAGGCCUUGCUAUUCUAUUUGCUGUUAAACUUCAACAUACAACCGUAUGACGAAACUGAAAUUCCUCUGAAAAUAGGCAGAUCAACAAUAAGUUGGAAUAUCAAAAAUGGAAUUCACUUAGAGUUCAAGCCGAGAGCAUGAAUUGAUAUUUGAUACAUUGAUUGAUUUACAGAAAUUAUGAAUUUUUAAUGGACGCUUAAUGAUUUAAAUGAACAAUAAAUCUAUAGGUAGACCUCCCAUCGCGUCUGGAA